GUCCGCGCGCCCGGCGGCCCCAGGCUCGGGGCAGAUGAAGUACAUCCUGGUCACGGGCGGCGUGAUCUCGGGCAUCGGCAAGGGCAUCAUCGCCAGCAGCAUCGGCACCAUCCUCAAGUCCUGCGGGCUGCAUGUCACCUCCAUCAAGAUCGACCCCUACAUCAACAUCGACGCCGGCACCUUCUCUCCGUACGAGCACGGGGAGGUGUUUGUGCUGGAUGAUGGAGGGGAGGUGGACCUGGACCUCGGCAACUACGAGCGCUUCCUCGAUAUCCGACUGACCAAAGACAACAACCUGACCACGGGGAAGAUCUACCAGUAUGUCAUUAACAAGGAGAGGAAGGGAGAUUAUCUUGGCAAAACGGUCCAAGUUGUUCCCCACAUCACAGAUGCCAUACAGGAAUGGGUGAUGAGGCAGGCACGGAUUCCUGUGGAUGAAGAUGGCAUUGAACCCCAAGUUUGUGUGAUUGAGCUCGGGGGCACCGUGGGUGACAUCGAGAGCAUGCCGUUCAUCGAGGCCUUCCGCCAGUUCCAGUUCAAGGCCAAAAGAGAGAAUUUCUGCAACAUUCAUGUCAGCCUGGUUCCCCAGCCAAGCUCGACAGGGGAGCAGAAGACCAAACCCACCCAGAACAGUGUUCGUGAGCUCAGAGGUCUGGGACUCUCUCCAGAUCUGAUUGUUUGCAGGUGCUCCACUCCACUGGAUACCUCAGUAAAAGAAAAGAUUUCCAUGUUCUGUCAUGUUGAACCAGAACAGGUCAUUUGUGUCCAUGAUGUCUCCUCCAUCUACCGGGUUCCUCUGCUGCUGGAGGAGCAGGGGGUUGUGGAUUACUUCAGGCACAGGCUGGACCUGCCCAUCGAGAGGCAGCCCAGGAGGAUGCUCAUGAAGUGGAAGGAGAUGGCAGACAGGUACGACCGUCUGCUUGAAACGUGCUCCAUUGCCCUGGUGGGCAAAUACACCAAAUUUUCUGACUCCUAUGCAUCUGUCAUCAAAGCCCUGGAGCACUCUGCCCUGGCCAUCAACCACAAACUUGACAUCAAGUACAUUGACUCUGCUGACUUGGAGCCAGACACUCUGCAGGAGGAGCCUGUCAGGUACCACGAGGCCUGGCAGAAGCUCUGUGGUGCUGAUGGAGUUCUGGUUCCUGGUGGAUUUGGUGUUCGAGGGACAGAAGGCAAAAUCCAAGCUAUUUCCUGGGCAAGGAAACAGAAAAAACCUUUUUUAGGAGUCUGUCUGGGAAUGCAGCUGGCAGUGGUGGAGUUUGCUCGCAGUGUCCUUGGUUGGAGAGAUGCCAACUCAACAGAGUUUGACCCCAAAACUUCUCAUCCAGUGGUCAUAGACAUGCCAGAACAUAAUCCUGGGCAAAUGGGUGGGACAAUGAGGCUUGGCAAGAGGAGGACACUCUUCCAAACCAAGAAUUCAAUCAUGAGGAAGCUCUAUGGAGAUCAUGAUUUCUUGGAAGAGAGACACAGACACAGAUUUGAGGUCAAUCCAGAACUGAAAAAGUGUUUUGAAGAGCAAGGUCUGAAGUUUGUGGGGCAGGAUGAGGAGGGAGAGAGGAUGGAAGUGGUUGAGCUGGAAGACCAUCCUUUCUUCGUUGGUGUUCAGUAUCACCCCGAGUUCCUCUCCAGGCCCAUCAAGCCAUCACCCCCAUACUUUGGGCUCCUCCUGGCAUCUGCAGGGAGGCUCACCCACUACCUGCAGAAGGGCUGCAGGCUCUCCCCCAGGGACACCUACAGUGACAGGAGUGGCAGCAGCUCCCCUGACCUGGAGAUAACAGAGCUGAAGUUCCCUUCAGCAAACCACGACUGAUUCCUGGUGUGUCCUUGCUGCACAGAGGAGUCUCCAUUAGGUUUUCCAGGUGUUCUUACAGCAGCAGCUUCAACACCCUCAGCUUUGGCCUUUCCUAACUUAUGGGUUUAUAAUUUUUGUUCUGAGAUCCUGUCCCUUUUUUCCCUCAGCUCUUCUGUCCUUCCUUUAUUUUCUCUAUAGAUCUUGGUUAUUUGUGGAGGAGAGUUCACAAAGGCAGAGUUCCUUCAGUUUUUUCAGUUGCAGCAGCUUGGAGGUCAAGGCAAGCUGGGUGUGGGAUUUGCUGUGCUGAGGGGAAUCCCAUGGCACAAGUCCUUCCCAGGGCAGGGCAGGCAGUGCCUGGCACCAGGGUGCCUUGGGCACUGACAGUGGAGCUGCUUUCUCCAGUGUUCCUGCUCCCUCCUCAGUCUUUACUCACUGGUGAAAUUAUGGAUGGCACAAGAUUUUGGGGGCUGAGCUGGGCUGUGCUGCAGCUUCAUGCAGCCUUUUUGGUUUGGUUUUUCUUUUUUUUUUAUUUUUCAGGGAAAGGGGGAAGGGGAUGAUUUUUUUGUUUAUUUUUUUUUUCAGUAGCAUUUGCAGACCUGGUGCUCUUGGUGCAUUCAUUGUCACUAUGAAUUUGUAACAACCAGGAGGAUCCUCCUGGAACAGUGUUAGUGUGGAACAUGCUCAGCUCUGGCUGAGGUGUCACUGCAGGGGUGUGAUGAACUGGGAUCAGGCUGGGGGGCAGGAGAACAAAGCUGCCAGGGAAACCCAGACCUGAGGGGUCCCUGUGAGCCCUCCCUGUGCUCCUGGGGCUGGGAAGCUCCAACCCCUUGCAUCAAGGGGGAGGUGAGCACAGAGUGAGCCCCUGAACCACUGCUGCCUUCAGCUGUGUCCCUGGCCUGGGGCACAGCAGCUCCUGGUGCUUUUUCAUGGAUUGAAGUGGAGCCUUUUUGUCCUCAUUGCAGUCAUGUCCUGGGCUUUGCAGCAGGAGCCCUUCUCCUGCAAGGGCUGUUCCUGAGGGAGGGGAUCACCACCCCUGCCUGGGUGUUGCUGUCCAGCUGUGUGGGGCUGAGCUGCCUCGGUUCCCUGCCCUGUGUGGCCCUUGGUUGAGGAGAAAGGAACAAAGAAUGGAAGGAAAGUUGUGUCCCUUGUCUGAUGUUGCAGAGAUUUCAGCAGCUGCAUGGUCAGACCUGGCUGAGCCACCAAACCAAGCCCUGUCCUGUCCCUCCCAGUGAUCCAUUCCCUGCUUUAAUCCUCGUUUGUUUUAAAUAUUCCUGUAAAGCUGCUGUGAGCCUGGAGAGCUGGGAGCAUUCCUCGUGUGCCAGUUCCAGCUGUUGGGCAGGAAUCCUCAGCUGCAGUGCUCUGCUGCUGCCCACUCCUGCCCUGGCCUGGCCAUCCUGGGGCAGGGUCGGAUCCUCCCUCAGCUGCAGCACUACUCUGUGGGGUUUUUUUUCCUCCUGAAAUGUUUGUUUUGGCCAAAACUGUGCAACUGACUCGGUCAUUAAAUGCUCAUUUGUAAC